ACGUUGAAGGGCACAAAGCGGAAGCUACGUCACUUUAUUCAGGCUUGUCAUCAAACAUGGCGACCUCCUGCGACGGAGAAAUGAUGCGCUACGCGGAGUACAGGCCGAAAGUGAGCUCCGGCAGCGAGGCGGAGAUCGACAAGCGGGUGGGGGGCGCGCUGAUUGCAGUCGGUCUUGGUGUGGCUGCUGCAGGUUUUGCUGGUCGCUACGCCUUCCAGCUGUGGAAGCCUCUAGGGCAGAUGUUGUCGGAAACAGUCCAGAAGAUGCCCACACCGGCGUUCUCGUCGUACUACAAAGGAGGCUUCGAACAGAAGAUGUCCAAACGGGAGGCUAGCCUCGUCCUCGGCAUAAGUCCGGUGAGUACAAAGGCCAAAGUACGCGAGGCACACCGAAGGAUCAUGGUCCUUAACCAUCCCGAUAAAGGUGGUUCACCAUAUCUCGCUGCCAAAAUCAACGAGGCCAAAGACCUUCUGGACAAGGACAUGCAGCGGUGACCACCGCUGAUGAGGGGGGUUUCCUAUCACGGUCUGCAGUAGAAGACGAGCAUGGCCACCUGAGGGCAGGAGAGAUGCAGUAUAAAUGAUUGAUUGAUUGAUUGAUUGAUUGAUAGAUCAUUCUUUACUUGCGCAUGGUGGCCAUCUGCUGGAUGGUGUCGGGGAGCGGGUGUGUGAAGGUCUCAGGCAGGAAGAUGCUGAGCACAACUCCAAACACAGACAAGGAACCCACCAGGAUCCACGGCAGCAACUCGUACCACACGCCUGACACAUGCAACAUAUCACAUGACAUACUCAGACAUGUGCACAAACAUUCUUAUAAUAGAACUUGUUCCAGUGUUCUCAAACUUUUCACUCCAAGUACCACCAUCAUGACCAGCAUUAAAAUCAUCAACGGCGCAGUAGGCCCAAGUGUUCAUCAAAAACAAGGCAGAAGUUUUAUUCCCAAUAUGUACACUAUCAGUCAAAAGUUUCGACACACUUCUCCAUUUAAUAACACGAAACAGUGUUUCAAAACCUUUGGUGCUGGUCAGCCUAUUUCAUAUUAUUAUAAGCCAGUGUAACAUUAUGCAGUUUGAACAUUAACACUGAUUAAAUACAGGGGUAAAAAAACUAGUUAAUUCAAUUACAAUGCACUUCACAUAAAAGUUAAAAAUCCACCCAUCCAUUUUCCGUACUGCUUAUCCUCACCAGGGUCGCGGGCCUGCUGGAGCCCAUCCCAGCUAUCUUUGAGCGAGAGGCGGGGUACACCCUGAUCUGUUCACCAGACCAAUCACAGGGCACAUAUAAACAAACAACCAUUCACACUCACAUUCACACCUACGGGCAAUUUAGAGUCGUCAAUGAACCUACCACGCGUGUUUUUGGGAUGUGGGAGGAAACCCGAGUGCCCGGAGAAAACCCACGCAGGCACGGGGAGAACAUGCAAACUCCACACAGUGGAGGCCGGAUUUGAACCCAGGUCCUCGGAUCUGUGAGGCAGGUGUGCUAACCAUUCAUCCAUCGUGCUGCAUAAAAGUUAAAAACUGCACAUAAAAGUUUAAAAACAGUUCUUAAAGAUUCAAUCCAAAUGCAUUGAAUUUAAAAGUUAAAGACCCAAUAAAGUAAUUUUUUUUUUAUUUUUUUUUAAAUACAACAAAUGUGUUUGAAGUGCGGAAAACAUGCAAAGACAGAACAAUUUAAUACUGAAUUGUUGAAUUAAACUUUUUCACCAUUUCA